CUCGAGAAGCUCGACGAAUUUGGACGGACGCCAAAAUAUAGAGCAGCUAAAGAAAAAAAAAACACAUAGCGACAUUUAAAUAGUGAAAUUUAUUGCGAAAGGUCACUUGUGUACAAAUAUAAAUAAGUGGAAUUAUAAAAAACAAAAAUGUCGCUAAAUAUUGGAGAGUCAGAGUCAAACGAAAGUCCUACAACAGCGCCCGAAGACCUGCUAACACACGCCGAAUGCGAACGAAUUCUGGUGAAGGCCUGCGGUAUGGAAUGCAAGUUGCAGCUGAUAGACUAUCUUCUGACGCCAGCCGAGAACGCAAACGGCUAUCUUGGCGAAUAUUAUCACCUGUUGGCGCGCUAUAACGUCGCUGAGUCGGAUGAAAACAAAAAUCUGACUGAUGGGCGCGAAACGCAUGAACUGCGUGCUUUCGUCAAACGUGUGCCACAGGCUAGUGCAGAGGCAGAGAAGGAGGCCAUAUUCCGAAAAGAAGCAACGCUCUAUGAAACUCUGUUAGAACGCUUACGCAGAUACUCUACAGUAGCCUGGUCGCCGCGCUGCUACUACACACGUGACGAUUUUAUUGUGCUUGAGGACUUGGAGGAAAUUGGUUAUGCUCUAUAUCCGAAAGUCGAUACAUGUAUUCCCGAUAAUUAUUUACAUCAGGUGCUGCGCGCUUUGGCUGCUCUACAUGCCGCCAGCUUUGCACUCGAACACAAAGAAGGCGUUUGUAUAGGCAAUAUCUAUAAACAAUUAGGAGAAGAGAUCACUAUAUCAGAACGUGUGCCAUGGUAUACCACAGGGCUACGUGCAAUUCGUGCUUUGGUUAAAUCGCAGUUAGAAACACAACCGAUUUCUGCGCGAGAAUCCAUUGAGGCUCGCUUUGCGGUUGCUGUUGAAGGCGUGUACGGUAUGACAAACGUCUCUUCUCAUUACCGGAAUGUGCUCUGCCAUCGUGACAUUUGGCGCGGUAAUAUCUUCUUUAGCGACAGCCCUUCGACUACUCCGAAUUCGGUAUUAUUCGUGGAUUAUCAAACUGCGCGCUACUGUCCGCCAGCCAUCGAUUUGAUAUACGUAUUGUUCAUGAACUUAGAUAAGGCCACAAGAAAAGCCAAAGAAACGCAAUAUUUGCGCUUUUAUUACGAUUAUCUACAGCGAGAUUUCGUCGCCAAUGGGUUUACGCAGACAGAUGUGCCACUCUCUUACUCAGAUUUAUUGGCUUCUUAUCGGGAAUUUCAGCCUUUCGGUUUGCUUUACAGAGCGAUUGCCAGUACAAUAUUGAAUGUCCCACGAGAGAUUGUGACCAACUACUACGUUCAGGUGGAGCGCACUGACAUGGUUCUUAAACUAAUGGAUGAGCUGCCCGAGUUUCGAAAGUGUCUGGAAGAACAGAUUUGUGAAAUUUUGCAGUUUUUGAGCGAAGAAAGUUGUCUCUUGGCAAAAGCAAUAAAAAUGAGUCCCACAUCUACGCUCGUACGUGGUGAUAAGCAAAAUGAGCUCUUCUCGCGCGCCGAAGUCGAGAAAAUAUUGAGCAAUAUAUUGAACUCGAAUGCCGUUGCUGUGUUGUUGGAAUAUAAUGUAUCGCCGGAGUGUGGACCAACUGGUUACUUAGGUGAAUACUUUCAUUUGGAAUUGAAAUACAAAUUUGUAGAGCCCAACAACACAAUUCAAACAACGCGCGUGUUCGUUAAAUCCUUGCCUUAUCAAAAUCCCAAAAUGACGGCGUUUAUUGAAGCUUGUGGCAUGCUCACAAAAGAAGCAGCAAUCUACGAGCAACUCUUAAAUGAGUUGAGAAGACUGACAGCGACCAUCUGGUGUGCUCAGUGCUACUUUACACGCAGAGAUUUGUUUGUCAUGCAAAAUAUUGUCGAUAUGGGUUAUGAGCCACUGGUAGACCCCGCGGAGUUUCUAACUCAAUCACAGAUGGAUGUAUUGCUGAAAAGCUUAGCAACCAUGCAUGCUUGUAGUUUAACAUACGAAGAGCAAAAUAAAGUCAAUAUCGGAGAGCAGCUAGAAGAUGUGCUCAGAGAGAUGACAGUUACGCCAGAUGUGGUUUUCUACACCGCAGGACUGAGGGCUGUCUUAGCAGUUGUCAGCGUUCACCCCGCUUACCAAUGUGAGGCAUUGCAGAAGUUCAUUGCCCAAGAGUUGCCGCGACAUUUGGACAGCGUAUACGAGAUGGUAAAUCCAUCCAAGAAAUACCGGAAUGUGUUUUGCCAUCGCGAUCUCUGGGGUGGUAACUUGUUCUUCAAUAAAGCACAACCCGAUGCAGAACCUGUCGUUCUGGUGGACUAUCAACUAGCACGCUACAGUCCGCCUGCGAUCGAUGUGCUCAUGGCAGUGUAUUUGAAUAUAACUCCACAACAACGUAGAACGAUGAAACACUGGUGCUAUGAUAGAUACUACAGUUACUUUGCUGAGGAACUAAGCCGACAGGGUUUAUCUGUGGAGCAGCAAAUUACUCGAAGCGAAUUUGAGCAAUCACUGAAAGAGCUGGAACUCUUUGCCGCACUAUACAAUUGCAUAUCGGCGACUAUACUGCGGGUGCCGGGAGAUUACUUAAAGGAUUUGAAGUUAAAUCAUCCGGACGCAUUUCAUCGCUAUACAAAUGUAGAUCGAGUGAAAGAGGUGCUCGAGCUGUUAAAAAUUGAUAAGAAAUUCAAGGAUUACAUAUUUGAGUGUAUUGAAGAAAUGAUGCGCUUGUUAUUGUAGAGUCUGUUUUAUUAUUAUAUUUAAUUAAUAAAAAUUAUACAAUUACUGUCACAA